CGUUACAAAUUUAGUACAGUUCCGGUUAAUGGGAUCAUGAAUAAUUUAGUUAAAAAAUAUGACAAUUAGCCCCUUUUUCUGCAUUUUGCAAGUUAAAAUUUGUGUGUUUGUGAAUUUAUUCACGAAGGAACUUUAAAAGUGUUUAAAAUCUUUUCUAAAGUACAACUGUUUCUCCUAUUCAUUGUCUAUAUCGCGAUAUUUCCUUCGAUUUUUUUGAUUUACACAAUGGCAUAAAAUUGAUUGGCUUAUUACUCAUCAAUUGAAAAAAAUAAUGUUAUUGGGAAAAAACAAACCUUUAUGAAAAUAUCUGCAGAAUUGUCACAGUUUUGCAUAGGGAAGCAUGUAACUUUUGUCUGCAAGGAAGUGUAAAGUAAGGUACAAAAUGGGUGGCUGUUUCAGCUGCCCCCAGAAAAACCCAGAACCAUCUGUUCCUAUGGUGGGAUUGAGUACAACUAGUACACCUCAGCAUAAUGCAUCAGAUGCCAAUGGUAGUGUUGCAAAUCCAAACCAGGUUGGGUUGAUGGUAGUGAGUACACCUCAACAACCUGGGAGUACCACAACUGUGCCAAUUAGUCCACCAAAGGUAGAAACAGGAGAUUUACCAAGAACUGCCCCAAAAAUAUUUGUUGCGCUAUAUGACUAUGAUGCUAGAACAGCAGAAGAUCUCAGUUUUAGAAAGGGAGAACAUUUAGAAAUUCAAACAGAUACAGAAGGUGAUUGGUGGUAUGCUAAAUCUUUGACAACCAAACUUGAAGGAUACAUCCCAUCCAAUUAUGUUGCCAAAUUAAAAAGUUUGGAGUCUGAGUCAUGGUACUUUGGUAAAAUAAAAAGAGUAGAAGCUGAAAAGAAAUUACUAUCACUAGAUAAUGAGCAUGGUGCUUUCUUGAUCAGAGACAGUGAAAGUCGACGCAAUGACUAUUCUUUGUCAGUGCGAGAUGGAGACACUGUAAAGCACUAUAGAAUAAGACAACUAGAUGAAGGAGGUUUCUUUAUAGCACGACGUAUAACAUUCAGAACAUUAGCUGAAUUAGUGGACCAUUAUAGUGCGGAUGCUGACGGCUUGUGCGUCAAUCUAAGACAAGCUUGCACGCAGGUUGAGAAGCCAAUGACUGUAGGAUUAUCAUACAAUACAAAGGACCAAUGGGAAAUUCCCAAAUCCUCACUGAAAUUACUACGUAAGAUUGGACAUGGUCAGUUUGGAGAGGUAUGGGAAGGUUUAUGGAACAACACAACACCAGUUGCAAUCAAAACACUCAAACCAGGUACUAUGGACCCAAAAGAUUUCCUGGCAGAAGCUCAGAUUAUGAAAAAGUUACGUCAUCAGAAAUUAAUCCAGCUGUAUGCUGUCUGCACCCAGGAUGAACCUAUUUAUAUCAUCACAGAGCUAAUGAGGCAUGGCAGUUUACUAGAAUAUCUUCAGGGUAAAGGAAGACCACUCAAACUUCCACAACUGAUAGAUAUAGGGGCACAGAUAGCAAGUGGAAUGGCGUACUUGGAGUCUCAGAACUACAUACAUCGUGACUUGGCAGCGAGGAACAUUCUUGUUGGUGAUGGUAACAAUGUUAAGAUAGCAGACUUCGGAUUGGCGAGAGUUAUCAAGGUGAAUGAGGAUGAAUAUGAGGCUAGAGUUGGAGCCAGAUUUCCUAUUAAAUGGACAGCUCCAGAGGCUGCUAGUUAUAAUAGAUUUACAAUCAAAUCAGAUGUAUGGUCGUUUGGUAUAUUGCUCACUGAAAUUGUCACAUAUGGCAGGAUUCCAUAUCCAGGUAUGACAAAUGCUGAGGUGUUGAACCAAGUAGAACAUGGCUACCGUAUGCCGUGUCCACAGGGGUGCCCCAAGCCGUUGUACGAGAUCAUGCUAGAGUGUUGGAAGAAAGAGGAAAUGGAGAGACCUACAUUUGAGACACUGCAGUGGAAGCUCGAGGAGUUCUUCACGCUUGAUGGAACAGACUACAAAGAGGCUUCGGGUGUACGAUAGUAACCCUGAAUAAAACUGUAAACCGUAUAUUUAUAUUUUGCAGGAAUUAUUUUGUGUGUUUUACUUGAAAAAGAAAUAGAAUAUUUCAUGGUAAUAUUUAGAUAUAUAAAUGGAAAAGUACAUUCGUAAAUGUACCAGUAUACUCAGUUAUAAAAAUGCUAAUGCUUAAAAUAGAUAAGAAGAAAAUAAAAAUGUAAAAUUUGUCUGAAAGAUUGUUAUUAACUACUUAAGUAAGUGAUAAGUUUAUAUAGGGUCGAAGGUCAUUGUAGUUAAUUGUCAUUUUUCUUAUUUACCUGGAAUUGGUAUUCUUCCUUGCUUGCUAUAAUUUGGGAUUUACAAACUUUUAGGAAUUUUCACAUUUUUGCUGAUUCUGUUUUUUAUGGCUUGUAAAACAUAGUUAUGUAUGCAGUUUAAUAACAUAUUGUUAUGAGUUAUAUUUAUAAUCACAUAAAAGAAAUAAUGGUUGUAUUUUGACAGAAAAAUAAUCAGAUUAUCAUAUCUAAUUUUUUUUUUAUCUUACAAAAUUUGAUAAGGUAAGGCACCAAUCCAAAAAAGGAUAUGCACUUAUUAUUCUUACAGGUAAUAAUGUGUUAAUGAUUUUUUUGUUGUAAGUUUUAUCUUUUUGUUCUUUGCUACAUAAAUGUUUCUAUAGUAACAUAUUUAGAGAGUUGUGGUGGGUUUACGGUUUUCGGGCAGAUUGCAAUUUCUUUCAUAAAGUUAUAGCUUUAUCAGGCAUCUUGACAUUGUAAUUAAAGUCAGUUAUAAACUGUAAUCAUGUACAAAUUUCUAAUAUAACAGUGCUUUUUAAAUGUUUCUCUUAAACUUUAUAAGAUGUGUAAACAGUUUAAUCUAUGGAAAAAGAGACUAUGGGAUUAAGAAAAG